CUUUCCAGCUCAACCGAGGAGGUCCGGUUCUCCGCGCCACCGCGCCCGCCUGCUCCCCGAUGCUCCGCGUCCUGCCCUGCGCGCUGCGCCUCCCGCGCCCCUGGAUGUCCCCGGGGGCCCGCGACUACGCCUCUCACGCGACGACCAAGACACCCGAAAUCCAAGUGCAAGCGCUGACAGGUCCCAACCAAGGAAUCACUGAGAUUCUGAUGAACAGACCUCAUGCCCGCAAUGCCUUGGGGAAUGUGUUCAUUAGUGAGCUGCUAGAAGCCCUGGCCCAACUUCGGGAAGACCAGCAAGUCCGAGUCCUGCUCUUCAGAAGUGCAGUGAAGGGCGUGUUCUGUGCAGGUGCAGACCUGAAGGAGCGGGAGCUGAUGAGCGCUGUGGAGGUGGGGACCUUUGUCCAGCGGCUCCGAGGCCUGAUGAGUGAGAUCGCAGCCUUCCCUGCGCCCACCAUUGCAGCCAUGGACGGGUUUGCCUUAGGCGGGGGCUUGGAACUUGCCCUGGCCUGUGACCUCCGAAUAGCAGCUUCCUCCGCUGUCAUGGGGCUGAUUGAGACGACACGAGGACUUCUCCCGGGAGCAGGAGGGACUCAGAGGCUGCCCCGCUGCCUGGGUGUGGCCCUAGCGAAGGAGCUCAUCUUCACAGGCCGGAGACUGAAUGGGACAGAGGCCCACAAGCUGGGCCUGGUAAACCAUGCUGUGGCUCAGAAUGACGAGGGUGAUGCUGCCUACCACAGGGCCCUGGCCCUGGCACAGGAGAUCCUUCCCCAGGCUCCCAUUGCCGUGCGCCUGGGCAAAGUUGCCAUCGAUCGAGGAAUGGAGGUGGACAUUGCAUCAGGGAUGGCCAUCGAGCAUAUGUGCUAUGCCCAGAACAUCCCAACCCAGGACCGGUUGGAAGGAAUGGCAGCCUUCAGGGAAAAACGACCGCCCAAGUUUGUGGGCAAGUGACCCAGCUAACUGUAAGCACACACCAUAGCCUAGGAUCCAGAGGGAAAGUCUGCAGCACGCUAGCUCUCUUCAGUCUCUUCACAAGGAUAAUGACACUGAUUGAUGUGGGACCAUGCCGCCCACUCACCUUGGCUAGUCAGUCACUGGGAUCCAGGCCGGCCUGGUUUUCGGCACUCAAACUUUGGGUCUGUGUCAUUGGUUCUGACCACCAUGGAUGGAACAGCGAGAAGGAUGCCUUCACUUCCUCCCACAGUAAAUCCAGCCAGGUUCCUGUGAGUCAGUAUCAGGAGCGGGCCUCAGAUUCCAGCUCUCUGUAGCUAACUCAGGGGGCGUUCUGGACAAACCAUUUAACCUAUCUAGAACUCAGCUUUUGUGUCUGGAAAUUUUCCGUUCUGAUGACUUAAUAUCCUUGUGUUCAAUAAACAUGUUGCAC